GCUUAAGGUCACUUCCGGGUUAAGAAAGCGGCCAAGUGCGCGCUAGAAUUUGUGAACUCGUGUUUUUAUAGUCAUUCUAAGCGUAUAUAGGUACAGAAAUUGUAUUGUCUUAUUGGAUAUGUAUCAGGAUAUGCUUGUCAUCACUCUUCAGAUGAUUCAAAUGUCAGAUGUGUAAAGGCUCUGCUUGCCUCUUGUAGGAGUAGAGUCAACAAAGAUCAUUGAGGUCAACGUUUUACAAGUGAACAGCUAUUGGUCAAGAGUGUGUCAGUAAACAGUGUUGAAGUUGUAAAGCAUUGGAAUAAACUUACUAAGAAAAUGGCAAAACUACCAGCUGGCUAUCCAGGGGCAACCACCCAUACAGACAUUAUUCAGCUGCUUCAUGAUGAAGUUGUCUCCCUUUGUCAGAAAAAUUACAAUACAGUGUCUGGUUUAGAAAUAGAUGGAAUUAUUUGUAUCUCGAUUCUUGAUACCAAGGAGCAACAAGUUGUGAAAAUUCAUAAAACUCUUAAAUCUGUGUUUGCUGAUAACAAAAAGAAACCAAAAAGGCAAAAAACUCAUGAGCAACCAUCUUAUUGGUUGCAUGGAAACUUGGGAAACACAGGAUUUCCAGCUGUACAUAAUACAAAUGGACAAGAAAACUUCCAGAAUGAUAUUAAUGUUCUUAGUAAUUUACUUAGAGAUACAAAUGCUGCAAUACGUAAAGAGAGGGAAGGGAAAUCAGGAGCGGAAUCUGUCUCUAAACAAAGUAAGAGAAAACGAAGUCAGCCAAAACAAAGAGUUACGAACAGUGUUGAACCUUCUGCAGAGAGCAAGAAGCCGGAAGAAAGAAAUGAAGCAAGCAGAAAUGAAACUCCAUUACCGAAGGAAAGUAGUUACCAUGAUUCCCCAGGAAUUAAUCCAUUUAUACAUAAAGAUGUAAUAAAAGUGAAAGAAGAGAAGGUUGAUCCAGAAUAUGAAGCUGCUGAGCAGACUCAGCCAAAGAUUGUUAAUGUCUCAAGUGUAGCGGAAAGUGAGAAAGACAAAAUAGCUGAAAGUGAGAAAGACAAAACUGAAGGUGUUGUAGAAAAGACAAAAGUUUCCUCUUUAAUUGACCGUAUUAUUGAAAAAGAAAUUCCAAGAGGGAACAGUGAGGACAAAACUAUUACUCAGCAUCAGGAGAAAAACAAUUUUGACAAAGAAAUUAAAGACAGUGCAAAGGAAAAUGGUGUAGAAGAUAACUCUGAAUUCCAGGCUAUUGAAGUGAAAGUGGAGAAAAAUAUUGAUGAGAGUGAGUAUGGCGGUUCACAAGAGUGUGAUGCAGGGGACUUCACAGGAGCCAGUUCUGAUAAUGUAUUAACAGGGGGAAGUAACUCUGAAACUGAGAACUUUGACUGUCCACCAGAAUGGCUAUACAAUGAACAUUCCUCCUUAGGUGAAGUGGGGAGAACUGCACUUCUUGACAAAUUGCAUGAGAAAGGAAGUUUGGCUCUAACAGGUUAUCCCAGAGAAAGGGGUAGAUCAGAGCCGGACCCUCAGGGAAGAUCUUGGAUUGAGAUGGUUAAAGACAAUGUAAGCAAAUAUCAGGCUGCAUUAGAGAGAUCAAGCAAAGGCAGGACUGAAGUUGAAAAUGGCAUUAGUGAUACAGGCUCUACUGUGCAAACAUCUGCGCUUACUAAAAGCUCUUCCAGUCUUGUAGCCCUGUUGAAAAAUUCUUCAGCUGCUUUAUCUCAAUCAAAAGAAGUCACAACAAAUGCUAUCCUUGACUCUGCUCGAAACUCACGCGGUUCAAGUGUUCCAGUACAAGGUACAGACCAGAUCUCGGAUAAGAGUAGAUCAGUUUCACCCAUUGUAAAGAUUGAGGUUGAUGAAGAUAUGACUCAUGAAAUCUAUUCACAAAGUGAUGGAGAAGUGAAUGGUGAUAAAAAUAGCAGAAAUGCUAGUUUAGAUAUGCCUCGAGAAUAUAAAAGUGUGGUGGCAAAAGCUCCUCAAGGUAAACUUGAAUCCAGAUAUCCAGCAUUGUUCAGUCAUUUACAGCAAGCAAAGCAGGUGGGCAUUGACAGCCAGGAUCAGUCCAACUCCCUUGUCAACAGGCUUCCUUUCAUCUCAUUCCAGGAGCUGUUCUCCCAGGCUGCAACGGGGGCACCAUCACCAAGACUUAGCGAAUCAACAACCAUGCAACUCCUUGCACAGGCUAGAAUCAAUCCAUACCCUUCUAAAGAAAAAAAUAAAGGUCAACGAAAAGUUUGGAAUUGGAAAAAACGUCAGGUUAGGCCUAGGGAUGCAGAUGGUAAAAUAAUUUCGCCAAUUCCUGUCAAUCUGAAGGCACAAAAAGAGGCUAACAAGAAAAGACGCCAUCUUGGUUUUCAUGCUUCACUGAAAAAGACUUUUUCCAAGAGAGGUCCAAAAUGUGAAAAGGAGCAAGACAAAGACUGGCAGCCUGAAACAGACAAUAUUGAUGUAGACUCUGAUAACAAUGAGAAUAUUGCAAGCAACACAGAAAGAAGAACUCGGCUCUCUUGUGGUGAAAAACCAAGAAUAAACUUCGCUGAACUUGAAAAUUCCGACAUUGAAAUUGAUGAGGAUGAAGAUGUAGAUGAAGUUGACAUGUUUCAAGCUUCUAAUGUAAAACAAUUUAUAGAUAAUGUUAAUCCACUUGUAUAUACUGAGAGACCAGUAGAUGGUAAUUCAGUAUUUCCUGGGGGAGGCAGUGAACAGUUACUUGCAGCAUUUAGUGCUAGUAGUGAACAGUUAAAUAGUGCAAGUAGCUCAGCCUCAGAACAAUACAAGUGUUCAUUAUGCGGACUAGAAUUUAACCAAGAGUACAGAUGGCACUAUCAUUUGAUAAAAGUUCAUGGUAUCACUGCAGAUAAGGAGAAGCUGUUUAGGUAAACAACAAUAUCAGUGCGUCUGUUGUUAUUUUUGAUACAGUCAAGCCAUUAACAUAGAUUGAAGUGUAUAUAGUACAUCUCUUGUUCAUUGUUUUAUUACAACUGGAUUACUUGGCGGAUGAUUUUAGUUUCUGUUGUACAAUUUGCUGUAGUUUUUAGUUUCAUUUUACACAGCUUAAGGAGAAAUGAAUUGUGUACAUACAGCUGUUUGAACAGUAUUAUUGUUAAGAUUGAUAAAUAUGUUGGGAAUUAUAAUGCUCAAGAAAUCUUUAAUCCGGUUAUCUUUAACAGAGUGGUACAAAUUGUUACAAAACGAAAGAAUUUGAUAAUCAGUGCCUUUGUUAAGUUUCUGUAUGCCGGCUCUUGUCUUUUCAUUUUUGGUAGUCUUUAAGGCCCUAGGGUUAAGAAAGGGAAUAGAAUUUCACUUAGUAGGAGCAUAUUAUCUGUACAGACAAAAGAUGAUGAUUAUUGUGUUGACUUGAGUAUGUUACUUUACUUUGUUUUGAUUGUAAAUAACUUAUUGAAACAUGUAGGAGCACUGAUAAAUUAAUAUUUUAAAGGUUAAGUUUUGAGAAUAAAGAAUUUUAGGUUGUCCAAUGUUUCAACAAAGUAAAUCAGUGAGAUGUUUUCAUGGCCCUUUGAACUUCUUAAAUAGGGUGUGCUCCAUUUUAAAAUAAGUGUGGGCUUAGAUGUUGUGUAAAGCUCACUUUUUUCAAGGGUUACCACCAC